AUGGGAGAAACAAAAUCGAUUCAAUUUGACAAUAUCUACCACGACCUUGCCUCAGAACCAGGAGUACUCAAACUCGCGCCUAUAGGUCUAGGUUGGAAAACUCCGAUAGCAGAGACAAUAUUAACCGUUCCCGCGGAGGAUUUCAAAAGAAUGCAAUGGAUUCAUGUGGCUCGUAAUUACCAACUGCGAAUUCAACUUAAAAACGGGGACGCAUUGAAAUUUGAUGGGUUUCUCAGGGAUGAUUUCGAUACAUUGAGAGAAUUAAUAAAAUUAAAUUAUCGAUUGAACCUUGAAAUCAAAGAACUCAGUGUCAGAGGUUGGAACUGGGGAAAAACGGAUUUUCAAGGUUCACAACUGCUUUUCAAUGUGGGUAACAAGACAGCAUUUGAACUACCCUUAAACCAGGUAGCGAACACCAAUCUCGCCAGCAGAAAUGAAGUCAGCUUAGAAUUCAUGCAACCCGAACAAAUGGAUGAAGAUGCACAACGUGGUGCAUCAAAAAAAGCCCAGGUCCACGAAUUAGUAGAAAUGAGAUUUUAUAUCCCGGGCACGGUGACUGUUACCGGCGGUGACGAAGAGAUUAGUGCUGCUUCUAUGUUCCAUGAAAUGGUUAAAGAAAAAGCAGAUCUCGGACAAGUGAGCGGAGAAGGAAUAAUAUUGUUUUCGGAUAUUUUACUUUUGACACCACGUGGACGCUACGAUAUCGAUAUGUUUCCCACGUUUUUACGACUGCGUGGCAAGACGUAUGAUUAUAAAAUUCAGUAUACGAGCGUCAUAAAAUUGUUUCUAUUACCAAAGUUGGAUGAUGUCCACGUCAUGUUUGUGAUAGGACUUGAUCCACCACUUCGACAAGGACAAACGCGGUACCCGUUUCUCGUCUCGCAAUUUGUCAAAGAUAUGAAAGUUGAUAUGGAAUUGAAUAUUGACAAAGAGACGAUCGAAAAAAAUUACAAUAAUAAAUUAGAGGAAAAAUACGAAGACAAACCGUUGUUCGAGGUGGUCAGUAGUGUCUUUAAAGGGUUGACACAGAGAAAAGUUACUGUACCUGGGUCAUAUCGUAGUCAUCACGGAAACUCUGCGUUCAAAUGUUCAAUGAAAGCCAACGAAGGAUAUCUUUACCCGCUCGAGAAAUGUUUUCUAUUUAUACCGAAACCGCCGACGUUUAUUCCCAUACAGGACAUUCUCAGUGUCACGUUCUCAAGAGUGUCUAGUAGUGCGUCUAGUUCACGAACAUUUGACUUGAAGUUUAAUCUAAAGAAUAAGACGGAGAUCCAGUUCUCUAGUAUAAAUAGGGAAGAGCAUAAAAAUAUCGAAGAAUGGAUGAAGUCUAAGAAUAUCAACGCACAAAACGACAUGACCGAAGAUAGUAUGUUUGCUUAUAAAGCCAUUGAAGAACUUGGAGAUACAGAUGAGGAGGACGAAGUCAUGCCACGGUUUAGACGACGUGGCGAUCCUCAAUCAAUGGAAGUUGAUAACGAAGAGGACGAGGACGAGAGCGUGGACGAAGAUUUCGUGGUGGAAGAAAGUGAUAGUGACGUUGCAGAAGAGUACGAUGAAAAUUAUCAAGGAUCAGGAUCAUCAUCGUCAAGUGAACAAGAAGAUAAUGAACCGCCAAAAAAGAAAGCUAAAACAAAAAAAUGA